UGAAGCAUCGAAGCUUGCUACAGCUUCUCUUCCUGCAAGCCACCUCAAAUUAUGGGACUACAAUUUAAUAUGGAGAACCUACAUGCUCCCACGGUUCCUUCAGGACCUACUUCUGCGCCGACAAACGAUAACCAGCUCCGAACAAAUGGGUUGACUCUUGCAGAACUGCAACUCAAGAAGGAUAACCUGGAAGCUGAGAUCAGAGCUUUGGGUAGUGUGCUGGAAUCCCAUGGCGUAGACAUGAACACAAGACUGCUCACCCCCGACGGAUUUCCUCGAGCAGAUUUGGACGUUGCACAGAUUCGAACCGCCAGAUCACGCAUCAUAUACCUCAAAAACGAUCACAAGGCCCUUAUGAACGUAAUCGAAAAGCACAUCCAUGAGCAUUUCGCACGAUUAGCAGAGAGUGGAGGAGCCGCAGAACCAACGACCAACGGGGGUCCAUCGAACGGCCAUAUUGCAACACAACCAGUGCCUCAAGAACUGAGUCCUCCGUUCGCAAAGGUCAACAGUGUCGUUGACGGAAGUCCGGCCGAUUCUGCGGGUCUGAAAGCUGGUGAUGAGAUCAGGAACUUUGGAUACGUGAACAUCAGAAACCACGAUGGGUUGAAGAGAGUCGCCGAGUGCGUCCAAGGCAAUGAAGGGCAAAACGUGCUUGUCAAAGUAUCCCGUCAACGUAGAGAACUUUCAUUGACACUUACACCACGCCGUGAUUGGGGAGGAAGAGGUCUUCUGGGAUGCCAUAUUCUGCCAUUGUGAAAAGCUCCUGAGGAUUCGAAGAUAUCUGGUGAGCAUAGCGUUGAUUUGCAGGUGAAGGGCGUUCUGGUGUGGUAAAAGUUCUGCAUAGGUGUCGCAGAGCAUAGAAUGGAAUGUUUCCCGAUGAAAAAAAGAAAUGUUUAGAGGACUUUACCAUUCGUGAAGCCGUUUACUUGUUUUGGAUACCCCAGAAAGCCACCGUUACCGGGAGUUCCAGAUUGUCCUAGAAGUGGAGUUCAUUCGUGAUCAACCCAGGAAACCAAUAAUAGAGUGGCUGAAGAUAAUUGACCACCGGGUCUUGUAUUAUUGAAAAUGAGCAGGAUUAGUAGAGCAAAAAUCCGAAUUGACCAAAAG